UUUACACCAUGGGGAGGUUCUGUAUAUUACAGAACCUUUGCUCGUCCAAGCGUGUCUGAUAGAAAUGGCUGUCAGCGCUUGCUCCAGCAACUUCUGGGUGACACUGACGUGCCUACUUGGAGGGGAUCCAUACAACUAUUCGACGUCGGCUCCCAUUGUCGCAUUUUAAGCCGCAGUCAUGCACCAGUUUAGUCGUAGGUCUCUUUAGGUUGGUCGGGAUUUUUGGUGUAGCGAUGGGACCUCUUGUGGGACAGGCGAUGGACAAGUUGGUUCCUUGGUAUGCAUGCAACCCUGUUGGCGAUACUCUGCUGUGUUCUCUCGCAAUCCAAGUGGGUGCAGGCGGGAUACAUAUCGCAGCAGUCAUCUUCGCGACAUUUGGGCUCGAUGUGUUUGACACGUAUGAUUCAGAUAUCUCUAUCGACAGCCAUAUUCAGCAUCGAGCCUGGAGCCCGGGCGAGGUUGAACGUUGUUUUUAUCUUUUCAGUGCGUGGUAUUGGUGGUCGACGGAUAGGUACAACGCGUUUGACGCUCAUACAGUUGUUCCUGGUUCAGGUUAUGGGAACGUCAGCGGGGACAAAAGUGUUUGUUAGAUAUGGAUGGGGGGGGGCUGGCAACUUUUUGUUUUGUUACUUCGCGGACCUCAUUGUGAGCACAGAACGUGGUUUGGAUAUGAGGGUGGUAUUGAGGCGCACAAAGGCAAGCUCAAAGAGGCGAGCAACGACGUCGACGUAGGCAAAGUUGAAGAUUCUUGACAUCAUAAUAGAACAGACUGUCACGGUCCGAUUUGUCUCGAUGUAAGUACAAGGAUAAAAUGAGUGCGUCCAAAGGCGCAGCAGUACAGAUAAUACGGGGCUCUUGUCGAACCCUUCUA